AUGCCAUCCAUCGACUUCAAAUCGUUUAAACAAGUAUCGUCAAUAAGGGUGGAGGCGAAUAUCUACGAGCCUUUGAUCGCUGCCCUUCUACCCUUCCUCAAGGAAGGCUGGAAGAUGGCCGAGACAUCCAAUUCGCCGGACCCGAACUCUGUAUUCUUUAUGAACCAUCAGAUCAAGCCUGACGUCUCUAUCUACUCCACCAAAGAGCCUACGAACGACAAUCUCUGUCGUGCAUGUGACAUGGAGACAUUCAUCGAGGUCAAGACCAAACUCCUCAGCGACGCUUUCACGGAUGAGUUGGAUAACCUGGAAAAGAAUUCUGGUGACGCACGCGAUACUCGUGGCCAGAUCAUCACGUACCUCAAUGCCAUGCAGGCCGCUCAAUACCGGACUCACGGGUUUGGCGUCCUCAUCGUCAAGGACAUCUGCAGGCUCCUGCGCCAUACCCAUAGCGGCAUCGAAGUCACCACAUCAUUCCAUUAUACAAAGUCCUCUCAUCUUCAAACCUUCUUCUGGAGAUUCUCGCACGCAGCUCCUGCCGUUCGUGGUAUUGACACCACUUUCGAACCGGUGGAACGUUGGGAGGCAUUCCCCAGCCGGCUCUUGCUCAAUGCCGUGAACGAGCCUUUGUGGAAGGUCGACCUGGGCGAACGCUCGUUUUACGUUGCCGCGCCCUUUACGCGUACCCAUCACUACCCCGUCGGCCGUGGUACGCGCUGCUUCGUCGCUGUUGACUGCAGGACACGGCAGAAGUGCCUGCUCAAGGAUGUGUGGCGUGUGCAUGGCUAUCACCGGGAAGGGGACGUCUAUGCGAGACUGCACGCUCAUAACGUGCGUAAUAUCGCCAAUGUCCUUGCUGCGGGGGAUGUCGAUGGCCACCAGCGCUGCGGCUCCUUCCCAGAGGGAUGGCAUAUUCCUUCUGUCAGUAUGAUACGCGAGCACAUCCACUAUCGCAUCGUACUCGAUGUCGUUGGGGAGCCUCUCGUUGACUUUGAAUCUACGCACGCCCUAACUCAGUAUGUUUUCAAUGCACUGGAAGCCCAUUUCGAUGCCGUGAACCGAGCUCACGUGGAGCAUCGUGACAUUUCUGUGGGAAAUAUCAUUAUAGUCCGAAAGAGCAAUGGUUCUUCUGUCGGUUUCCUCAUCGACUGGGAGCUCGCCAAAUACCUCGAAGAUAAAGGAGCUAGGGCGUACGAGAGAACGGGUACGCGACAGUUUAUGUCUGCCAGGUUGUGUGUCCAGACGCCUCCACUGCGGACUCUCGGUGACGAUCUUGAAUCAUUUGCUCUUCUACUAUUUUGGAUUGCUGCAAGAUACGCACCCAACAGGCUGUCAGCGUAUGAGCGCGCCCUCUUCCUCGAUCGAUUUGAUCAUAAUGACGAUACCAGGAGAGUCGACAUCUUUCUUUCAGGCAAAACCUCAGCGGCCAAACUCCUGCUUGUUUCGGAAUAUUUCGAAGAGCUACUCGCAAUCCUUUCAGAUGGCUACGCGUGGCGAUACAGAGUGCUGACACGCCUCGAGCGCAAAAAUCAGGGCGCAUUGGAGGAGUUGAAAGAGAAACAGGAUCUCCUGGAAACCCAUCAGUGGUUCAUGGAUGUGCUCAGCAACACGCUGAAGAAAGAUACAUGGAAGGCAAUCAAGGACCGCUCCGCGAAGGAACAGGAGGUCGCCCGAUUAGUUGUGAAGGAGGGGGAGAAGAAGAGGAAAUCAGGGUGCUCAGAGUACGAGCUCACGUAUGCCAGCAAGAGACGGCGGCAUGGCGAGCACGGUCCUGAUACGGAGGAGGACAGCGACGAGAAGAAUGAUGUCAAGGAGGGGUGUAGUCCAAAUCUGUGA